CGGGCUGCCAGUGUGCCAGUCAGACAGAAAAUCGUAUAGUUGUUUAAGCGGGUCAAAUGUUUUUGUAUUUAUUUUCUAUUUUAUUUUAAUAUAACUAAUUAUUAUUCGGUGUAAACCGAAUAACAUUUAACAGCUGUUAUAGUACCGAGUGAUUGUUUACAGAAAAAAGCUGUUGUUUUUGAGGAAGCCAAGACUGUCGAUAAAAUGAUUGGAGUUAAUAAAUUAAUUUGUAAAAACAAUAUUGUUGGCCAAAAGAUGGUGCACCAGAGAUAUUUCUCCAGCAAGGGUAUUAAAGAUGUGACUUAUCAGUAUUUGCAAAGAAGUAAAGUGCCGACAAUGCAUUUUCAAAAAUCACUGCCGCGGUUGCCGAUCCCCGAUUUAUCUAAGUCUGGAGAACGGUAUUUAAAGGCUCUAAGGCCUUUAUUAAACGAUGAUCAAUAUGCAAAAGCCCAACAGACCACUAAUAAUUUUAUUACCAAAGAAGGGAAAGUGCUUCAAGAACUGCUUAUUUCUAAGGACAAGAAAAACAAACAUACAAGCUAUAUAUCAGAGUACUGGUUUGAUCUGUAUCUGCGUGAUCGUUCACCUCUACCUAUAAACUAUAAUCCCAUGAUUGUGUUUCAAAAUGAUGUGAGACCAGAAUACAAUAAUCAGCUCAUAAGGUCCACAAAUAUAAUGAUAAGUGCAGUUAGAUUUAUGUUGUCAUUAAGGGAACAAAUUUUGGAGCCUGAAGUGUUUCAUAUGAAUCCUAAGAAAAGUGACACACCAUUGUUCAGAACUGUGACUGGAAUGCUGCCUGAAGCAGUCUCUUGGUAUGGUGCCUAUCUAUUCAAAGCAUUUCCCCUGGAUAUGAGCCAGUUUAAUGGUUUGUUUGGAGCAACUAGACUGCCAAGACAUAGCAAGGACGAAAUCUUCAGAGACCCCAAAAGCAAGCAUGUUGUUGUACAGAGAAAAGGAAAUCUCUAUGUUUUUGAUGUUUUAGAUGCAAAUGGCAACCUUUUGUCACCUCUGGAAAUGCUUGGGAAUUUGAGCAAAAUUCUGAAUGAUGACUCCCCAGCCGCUGAACAUCCUUUAGGAGUAUUGACUACCCAGAACAGAGAUGAAUGGGCCAAACACCGUUAUUAUCUAGAGGCUACAGGCAACACUGAAGUCCUCAAUAAGAUAGACUCAGCUAUAUUCAAUUUGGUAUUUGAUGAUGAUGUUAUCAAUGAUGAUAAGCGGACUAUUUUAAAGAAGUGGUUGCACAGUGAUGGCACUAACAGAUGGUUCGACAAAUCAUUCAGUCUCAUCGUGACUAAAGAUGGAGUAUCAGGAGUGAACUUCGAACAUUCGUGGGGUGAUGGUGUAGCUGUGCUGAGGUUCUUCCAAGACAUAUAUGCGGAAACUACGAAGAAACCCUUCGUCCACCCAGACUCAAAACCUGUUGAUAGCAAUAUUAGUGUUCAGAAAUUAGAAUUUAAAUUGGACAAUAAAUCAAAGGAAUUUAUUGACAACGCCAAGAGUCAAUACAAAGCAUGGUGUGACUCUCUCAGUAUUGAUUACAUAUUGUAUGAAGGACUAACAAAAGGGGCGUGUAAGAAGUUCAAAGUGAGCCCUGACUGUAUUAUGCAACUCGCGUUUCAGUUAGCACACCAUCUUAUAAAAGGCAAUUUCGUCGGCACGUAUGAAUCCUGCAGCACAUCCGCCUUCAAACAUGGUCGGACAGAAACAAUGAGGCCCUGCACUGAGAAAACUAAGGCAUUCUGUGAAGCUCUCCAUUCAAACAAGCAUUCAGAUGAAGAACUGCGUGGGCUAAUGGCGGAGUGUUCCUCAUUCCAUUCACAACUCGUGAAAGAAGCAGCUAUGGGCCAAGGAUUUGACCGUCACUUGUUCGCCCUUAUGAAAAUAGCACAAGACAAUGAUAUGCCGAGACCAGAGAUCUUCGACUCUUACGAAUACAAGUUUUUGAAUAAGUCUAUUCUGAGUACGAGUACGCUGUCUUCGCCCAGUGUAAUGGCGGGAGGGUUCGGACCUGUUGUCAAUGAAGGAUUUGGGAUCGCGUAUUCCGCAUUCCCUGACAAGCUUGGGGCAGCGGUGGCCAGUUAUAAAGCUCACAACGACAGCACACAAUAUGUGGAAGCCCUUCACAAAUCAUUCAUAGACAUUACUAAGAUAUUAUCCGGAUAGGUGUUUAAGUAAUUACAUUUACAAUGUUGCAUUUUUUUUUUGUUGAAAUCUUUAUACACCUAUUUUAUAGAAAAUGACCAGUUUGCACACUGAGUCCAAUUACUAGUUAAUGAUUAGGUAAGCAAACAAAUAUGUAAUUUAAGUCAAAAUGUCCAUUAUUAUAAAAAAGAACUGUCGUAAAUGUAAGAAUAUUUUUUUAAA